UCUGUACCCUCUUGCUACCCGAUCUCAAAUAGAGAAUACGCCUUCCAGAGAAGACGGCAUACCUUCUGAAUUGGAAGAAGAUCUCAGAGCUUAUGGCGCAAAACUCAUUCACGAGGCUGGCCUACUUUUGAAGCAGACAGAAAACAAGUCGCUGUCGCGACUGCGCAGAUUCUUUUCCAUAGGUUUUGGUAUGUCUCGUCUAUGAAGCAGUUUGGAAUUGGGGAUGUAGGAAUGGGAGCACUGUACUUGGCAUCUAAACUUGAAGAAUGCCCUCUCAGGAUGAGGGACCUCAUCAACGUGUACGACCUAAUCCAACAAUACCAAUCCCACACCAUCAAUCCCAAAUCCGCCGAAUUUCGAUACGCACCUAUGUCUUACUUUGGUUCAACGUUUUACGACCUAAAGGACGCGUUGGUUGUCGCUGAGAUGCAGAUACUCAAACGCCUGGGGUUCAAUGUUCAUGUCGUGUUACCCUACGGGACUUUGAUAAAUUACCUACGCGUGCUUGGAUUGACAAGUCGGGAGGAUGCAUGUACGAAAGCUUGGGGUUAUCUGAAUGAUGCGAUGCAAACACCAGUCUUCUCGCUUUACCAGGUACCAACAAUAGUUAGCGCUGCCAUAUAUCUCACCACACGCCAUCUCAAAAUCUCCUUACCAUCCAAAUCCCCUCAUGGUUGGUGGGAACUCUUUGACGCCGAGUGGGAGGACCUGUGGAGUGUUUGUGGGUAUAUCAUGAGGCUGUACAGAGAACGGAAGGAAGAGGAUAGGAAAAGGGUUGUAACCAUGAUAGCUAAACAAGGUGUACGGAAAUGGUUGGAGGAGAAUCCUCCAGAAAGCGGUCCGAUACCAAAAUGACGAAUGUAUCCCGUUCAACUCGUUAUUCGUUGCGGUACCCGCACGGGAG